AUGGCAGUCAAUGGAAACCAUACCUCAUCGGCUGAGAAUAUCCUCGAUCGGAGCGAACAGUUUUGGCGACGUGAAUUCAAGGAUUUUUCGGCAACGACAUUCCCGAUUGUCUCUUCGCUAUACAAGCAAUCGAAUCUCGAAGUACUCACGGAGAAUAUUGAUCUCGCAUGUGGCGAGCUUGAUCCUGUCUCGGCUGGGGCGGCGUUAGCCCUAGCAUGGGCUCUCGUUCUGUCUCGGUAUACUGGGAACGAUGAUGUUGUUUUCGGUCUUGCUCUUGAAUUAGAAAGCAAUGAUUUUUCCAACACGCCCAUGUUGCCUUUACGGCUGUUAGUCGAUCCUCAGCAAUUAGCGAUCGAAGCGCUUAACAACACGGAAACCAAGAUCAUGGACCGGUCUACAUUCGGUGUAUCCUCAACUCGGGAAUUAUCCGAUUUCGGUGGAGAUAUAGCAGCAGGGUGUUUGUUUGGGAAUAUACUCAACGUCAGGCAAGGGCAACAAAAGCAUCCCAGUGCCUUACAAAGCAUCGAAGCGCGCAAAGUACCUCUUGUGAUCAACUGCGAGAUCCGAACAAAUGGUGUAGAUGUGGAGGCCCUGGUGGAUCAUUCUGCAAUCUCCGUCGAAACGACACGCAUGAUGUUGUACCAGCUAGGCCAUUCUUUCCGGACUGCCAUUAAUCGUCGCUCUCGGGGCACUCUUGUUGGCGAUCUCAGGUCUGUCUGUCCCCAAGGCUUGGCCGACCUGAUGGAGAGAGGAGUCCAACCACCUCCUUCCUUGGUGCAUGCCCGUGUACACGAUCUCAUUGUAGCACAAUGCCAAUCUCGCCCAUCAGAGCCAGCUAUCGCUGCUUGGGAUGGCCAUCUGACCUACCAUCAGCUUGACCAGUACUCCUCCCGCCUUGCAACACAGCUUGUAAAGCUCAAGGUGAUACAGCCUGACAAGAUAGUACCCGUUUUUAUGGAGAGAUCUGUGUGGGUUUCGGUCGCCAUUCUCGGUAUCUUGAAGGCGGGGGGCGCUUUUCUUCUUAUGGACAUCUUGUUUGCAGACGACUAUGUGAAACAGAUUUGUGCAAAGAUUGAAGCCCCGCUUUUGUUGACCUCUGGCCUUGAACUGAAUCGCGCAAGAUCACUGGGUUUACCUGUUUUGGUGGUGGGAGACAGGCCACUGUUGGCUGAUGAUGAAGGAAAAGAUACACAUCUUCAAUCCGUUUACGUACAACCAUCGGAUGCAUGCCAUGGCCUUUUUACUUCUGGGUCCGGCGGGGAUCCCAAAGUCGUCAUUAUAGAUCAUGCUGCGGUAUGCACUGCCUGGGCACAGCCGACAGCCACUCAACUCACGCUUUCAUCAUCAUCUCGGGUCUUGCAGUCUAGCUCCCAUGCAUUUGGUGCUUGCGUUGCUGAGUACCUUGGGGCCAUGAUUCAUGGAGCUUGUUUAUGUAUAGCCCCAGAUUUUCAUUUGGGGAGUAAUUUAGUCGAAGCUAUUCAGAUGUUGAACGCCAAUUUCAUCACCCUGACCCCGUCUGCAUCUCGUCUUCUAGAUCCCAACCAGGUCCCCUCCCUCCAAGUUGUGGUUCUAGCUGGCGAGGCGCUGGGUCCCCUUGACCUGGAGAAAUGGCAAGGACGAGUGCAGGUGAACUGCAUGUAUGGACUGGCGGAGACCGCAGCAUUCUCCUUGCUUGCUGAUCUGACCAAGCCUAACUCAAACUACCGGGAGAUUGGACUGCCGACUCACACAUGGAACUGUUGGAUCGUAGACACCAACAACGUCGAAGAUCUGGUACCACCUGGUGGGGUUGGUGAACUGCUGCUGGAAGGUCCCAGUCUAGGACGGGGUUAUCUCAAUGACCCUGCUCGUACGGCCCAAAAUUACAUUCCGGCCCCUUCAUGGCUCAUGCAAAUCCGACCUACAGCGCCACAUGGCUAUCGCUGCUUGAAAACAGGGGACCUCGUUCGCUACUCUUCCAACGGGACACUUGAGUACAUCCGUCGAAAGGAUGUAACUGAAGUAAAGAUCCGAGGGCAGCGUAUGGACCUCACGGACGUUGAAAGACAGCUCGCACGACAAUAUCCCACGGCAACUCGAGUGGCUGUGGAUGCUAUCACUCCAUCGGAUGAUAUUGGUCAUAACGGCGUCAUGCUAGUCGCCUUCGUCUAUACAGAGUCUAUGCAAAACGAAAAUAAUGAGAUGUUUGCUUCCUCGACAAUCGAGAGUCGCAAAAAGGCAGCCACUGUGCUUUCCGCCCUGAAAGAAGUGCUUCCUACAUUUAUGGUACCCGACCUCGUUGUGACUGUCAAUCGAAUCCCAGCGACAACUUCAGGCAAGAUACACCGCGAUCGACUACGCCGUCUAGCCUCAGCAUUGUCCCGCAAGGCUUUACUGGCGUAUGGUGAUGCCUGCCUACCUGAGACUGAUGGGCACUCUGAAAGGCUUGUUGAAUAA